GAGCGUCAGCUGAGGCCGCCGCAGCCAAUCGGGAGGCGCCGUGGGCAUUUGGAGCGGGCCUCCCCUGGCCGCAGCCUCGGCACCCGCGUCUCGGCGUCUCGUGCGGCGGGGAGCAGCCGGGCCGGGCGAGGGGCGUCGUCGUCGUCGUCGUCGUCGUCGUGCGGGGCCCGCUGGAGCCGCCUGCGAGAGUCCCCCGCGAAGCCGCCGCCGCCGCCGCCGGAGUGGCCCCUGCUCCGGCCCUCGUCCCUGGCGGGCGGCGCUGCUGCUGCUGCGGGGUGGCCGCGAUGGUCCGCGCGCAGCCCCCGGGCGUUUCCUGCGCGGCGGCCCGCUGGGCGCCCGGACCCUCCGGCCUCAGGUCUCUGACUGCUUAGUGUCCCCUUUCGCAGUCCACCAGCAAAGCAUCACAGUUGCAAUGAGGAAUUCAGAAGAGCAAACGGCCACGACAGUUUUACAGCGUUUGCUGCAGGAACAGCUGCGAUAUGGGAACCCAAAUGACAACCGCAACCUUCUUGCCUUGCACCAACAAGCCACGGGUAAUGCACCCCCUUUUGCCAGCAGUGGGAGCCCAGGAAUUCCAAAUGAAGGGCUGAGCCCCCAAGACCAUCAGAUUGGCACCCAUGUUGCUCGCCAAGAGCCUCAGGGCCAGGAGAUACAAAUGGACAAUAGCAUCAUGGAAAAGCAGCUCUCCCCAAGGCUCCAGAAUAGUGAAGAUCUCCCAACAUACGAGGAAGCCAAAGUCCAGUCUCAGUAUUUCAGGGGCCAGCAGCACGCCAGCAUCGGGGCGGCAUUUUAUGUGACAGGAGUCUCCAAUCAGAAGAUGAGGACCGAAGGGCGGCCUACUGUUCAGCGUGUGAGCCCUGGCAAAGUUCAUCAGGAUGAAGGACUUAAGGACCUUAAGCAAGGACAUGUUCGCUCGCUGAGUGAGAGGCUGAUGCAGCUGUCCCUAGCCACCAGUGGUGUCAAGGCUCAUGCUCCCGUCACAAGCGCCCCGCUCUCUCCGCUUUCCUCACAGCAGACUAAUGACUUGUACAAGAGCUCAGGGGCCGGUGAGUUCUACAAAGGCUCCUUGCCAAGCCCUCCUCAGCCAAACAUGAAAGGCAUGGAGCACAGGGGUCCCCCGCCAGAGUAUCCUUACAGAAAUAUGUCUACACCUAUGAGCUGUAAGCCACAGGAUCCUGGGCAUUUCUAUGGUGACUAUCGCAUGGCCCAGCAAGGCAGGUCUGAUGGGCCCAUGAUGAGGUACCAGCAUCCUCCUGAGUAUGGAUCAGUCAGGCAGAAUCCAGACCUUCAGCUGCAUUUACAGCAGAGGCCUCCUCACCAUCACAGCCCAACGUCUUCACUAACGUCUUUGGGAUCUUUGACACUCCUGCAGUCUCUGCCACCCUCCAGGCUGUCUCCUUCUCAGCAUCAGCCUCCACUUACUCCCAGCCAAGGAGACCCAUUCUCCCUGCCACGGACCCAGCAGUUGUUUCUAUCCAACCAAAUCCAUCAGGGCGAUCUUUACCGACUUUGUCAACCUGUGAUUGGACAGCAGCAACAUCAACAAGGGGAUUCGUACUCAGCGCUGCCAAGGCCUCAGCCAGCACCUUCUCCUUACCAGCAGCUGACAGUGGAUCCCUUUGCCAUUGUCUCCAGGGCCCAGCAGAUGGUGGAGAUCCUCUCUGAGGAAAAUCGGUCUCUGCGGCAAGAGCUGGAUGGGUGUUAUGAGAAAGUAGCAAGAUUGCAAAAGUUGGAAACAGAAAUUCAGCAAGUUUCGGAGGCUUACAAAAAUCUGGAAAAGUCCUCUUCAAAGAGGGAAACCUUGGAAAAAGCCAUGAGAAAUAAACUGGAAGGGGAAAUCCGCAGGCUCCAUGACUUUAACAGAGACCUCAGAGAACGCAUGGAAACAGCCAACAAGCAACUGGCAGAAAAAGAGUUUGAGGGUUCUGAGGAGAAUAGGAAAACGAUCUCCCAGCUCUUUGCACAAAAUAAAGAAACCCAGAGGGAGAAAGAGAAGCUGGAGGUAGAACUGGCAGCUGCUCGCUCCACAAACGAGGAUCAGCGGAGGCACAUCGAGAUCCGGGAUCAGGCCUUGAACAAUGCUCAGGCCAAGGUGGUGAAACUGGAGGAAGAGGUGAAGAAGAAGCAUGUUUAUGUGGACAAGGUGGAGAAAAUGCAGCAGGCGUUGGCUCAGCUGCAGUCCGCCUGUGAAAAGCGAGAACAGCUGGAGCACCGGCUCAGAACUAGGCUGGAGAGGGAGCUGGAGUCCCUCCGGAUGCAGCAGCGACAGGGUGCUGCAUCUCAGCCUGCCAGCAUCUCAGAGUGUAAUGCCACCUCACUGAUGGAGCUCCUGCGGGAAAAAGAGGAGAGGAUCCUUGCUCUGGAAGCUGACAUGACCAAGUGGGAGCAGAAGUACCUAGAAGAAAGUGUGAUGCGUCAGUUUGCAUUGGAUGCAGCAGCUACUGUUGCUGCACAGAGGGACACCACUGUCAUCAGCCACUCCCCCAAUGCCAGUUACGACACUUCCCUGGAAGCUCGUAUUCAGAAGGAAGAGGAGGAGAUUAUGAUGGCCAACAGGAGGUGCCUUGAUAUGGAGGGCAGGAUCAAAACUCUCCAUGCUCAGAUCAUUGAGAAGGACGCCAUGAUUAAAGUCCUCCAACAGCGGUCUCGGAAAGAGGCCAGCAAGACUGAUCAGCUGUCUUCCAUGAGACCAGCCAAGUCCCUGAUGUCGAUCUCCAACACGGGGUCUGGCUUGCUUUCCCACUCCUCCACACUGAGCAGCACCCCCAUUCUGGAAGAGAAGAGGGAGGACAAGAGCUGGAAAGGCAGCUUAGGUGUUCUGCUGGGAACAGAAUGCCGCUCGGAAUCCAUCCCUUCAACCCCCUCACCUGUUCUUCCUUCUACUCCGCUACUCUCUGCGCAUUCAAAAACUGGCAGCCGAGACUGUAGCACUCAGACAGACCGUGGCAGUGAGCAGAACAAGAUCCCGGCCUCCACUGCUGCUCCUCCAGUGCAGGGGAGGCUCCCUGCUAUGAGUCUGUCCUACACUGCAGAGAAAGCAGAUGGCCCAGUUUUCCAUUCCAGCACCCUGGAAAGAAAAAACCCCAUUCAAAGUUUGGGGCAGGACCUCAACGACACAGAAAUGGUGGAGUAUCUCAUCUGAAGAAAUGUGCAGCUGGAGCAGAAGAGCCUCGCUCCCCUGCCCCCGGACUUCUUUUUUAGUUAGCAAAUUCAAAUACCUGAUUCAUAAAGGAAUGUACAGUUGUAUGUCACAGUAUAUACACUCCCUAAAGUAUGGACAGCUUAAUUUAUAAUUUGUUCCAAAACAUUAGGGUAGAUUUGAUCUUUUUGAGAAGAUAAUUUUGCCCAACCAUCUUUUUAAACAAAAAAUACUGGAUCUGUUGGCAUCUGGAUGAAUCAAGGUCUUAAAUGCACUAAUUUUUUUGUCAGUAUUGUUUUAAAAAACCUGUCUUAAAAAAGAAAAGAAAAAUCGUUAACUUUUGAAGUCUGCUAGGCCUUUACCAAGCCUGUUAUCACCAGGUUCUUCACUGGCCAUACAAUAUCUCGGUGCUGUCAUUUUUUAUUGUCAUGUAAAUGACCUGAAUAUUCAGAUAUUCCUGAGUAUCAACAAUACAUAAACCUCCAAGACAUGUCAGGAAUCUCCUUCUCCUUGUGAGAGUGUGUCUAUUUUCACUAAACAUUCCAGGAUGGAGCGAGUGUUGCAUUUUCACAAUGUGCCUGCACUUCUCAGCAUUCUCUGUGUUAGAUAUCCUGAGAUGAAGAGAGUUUGCUAUGCUCAUAUAUGUCAAGAUGUUUUUUUUCCUUCAGGAUUUCACUGAAUAAGCAGCAUCAGUUCGUUUUGCUUUUAGUUCUGUUCUCUGCUUUUCAGCUGCCUUCACAGAAAUCACCCUGUGUUCUCUUAGUGGUCGUGUAUCAAACCACAACAGGGCCUUGGGAUUGUUCAGUAGCUGAAGAGGUUUGUCUUCACAUGACCGGAGUGAAGAUUUUUCUCCGUUGUUUUUUCCAGAUUUCCAAAAUGCCUUGCCAGUCGGUCACCAGCUCAUUCCAGGACAACAGCUGUCCUCCUAAUACUUGUCUAUUAACAACUAAGAAUUUAGUGCCUUAUUCGUGAUAAUAGUGACUUGAAGGUGGGUCAGUGUUUUAAGAAAUAAAGAAACUCUCCAGGUUGCCAAUCUUGCAUUUUCCUGAAAUCCAAAAUGCUUUUUUCCUUCUGCAGAAAUUAUUAGAAAACCAUCAUUUACAGUGGAAACAUGUGGAGUAACUUUCAUUUUUCCUCUCUCUGGGAGCCAGCACCACUCUCCUUGCAGCAUCUGGCCAACAGUUUCUGCUGAGAUUUUUUUCUAAAAGAAAAAUUAUUCCCUUCAGUGCACAACGUUGACAUUAACUAUUUAAGUGGUUCCUAAAGUUCCCACCUGUUAGCGAUGGUGUGUGCUCUUCCUCUCUCCUGUUUUUGAUAUGGCUUCAUAUAUGAAUAUGAAAAUAAAAAUAUACAGAAGCCAUGAGUGGAACCUGCAACAAAAGGUGAAGUGUGACCGGACCUUUUCAGCAGUGUGAGAUGAGUUCCCUACUCCUUCCCUUUGCAUUGCUCAGGGAGCUUCUAAGCGGCACAAGUCUGGCGAGCAUCCUCUCUACAGUGUGGUGUGUUGAAGGGAAAGCUCCUAGCAUCACACUGGACCACAAGAGGCAAAGCAUGAAUUGCAUCCCAGAAGGCCUCUGGAGCUUCUGCAUAACUUCUUUCUGUAGAAAUAACUUUUCACAGUAUGUUAGAAGCACCAAGAAGAUUGGUUUAUUUACUUCCAGACAGGUCACAGAUGAAGUUCUCUGUGGUUUCAAGUUCCGCCCUAAAUUAAAGGAGGAAGGGGGGUUCUGGAGAAGCUGUGUUUCACUUGACACUUGCUGGGUUUGUUACAGGAUCUGAGGGUACGUAGACAGUUCCUGUCCACACCCGCCAAUUAGGGCCUGUCAACCCAAUACUUUUUUUCCUCAAGCGAAUCUAGACAAGAUAGGUCCUUAGGGUCAUGCACAGCCUUUGGUCCACUUAUCCAGAAAGGAAAGCAGAUUCUCGGCAAACAGCAUCCCCCCGCUUUUGUACCAGAAAUGAGACAAAUGUUAUAAAACCCUGAUGACCUUCAUGUGUGAACCAAGCUUUAGAGUUGAGAUGAACUCAUGUAAUCAAAGCAAAGCUGUACGUGGCCUUGCGGGAACUCUGUAUAUUGUUUCUACAAGGUGAAUGGAUUUUAGGCUCGGUUACUUCUCACACGCUCCAGUGUCUUCACUGCAAUUCCAUUUAUCUCAAGACAGCCUUGAGUGUGAAGUGACUGCCUGGCUAGGGAAAUGCUGCAGUGUUCCAAAACAUUGAAUGUCUUUGUUUGGUGCCUCGAUAUAUUUCUUUCCUUGAACUUGUAUAGGAACUUGUGUUUUAUGCCUAGAAUGUAAACCUCAUCAUUAUAACUGUACUGUACAGAAAAUACAUUUCCUUUUGCAAAGAAUUCAGAGGACAGUGUUAGCUCUAUAUUUUUCAGUAACUGCUAAAGCACACUUUUUCUUCCCUUUGUAUGGUCAGUGCUAAAUCCAAGGCCCAUAUCUGGGCAUUUCCUGGUGUGUUCUUCUCACAGGGCUCCUCAGCCUUUAGUUGGAGCCUUACAGCAUCCUUAUACCAAAGAACCAAUAGCUGCUGGGUGCUCUGGGAUUCUGAGAAGAAAUGGUGGCCACUCAACGCCUGCCUUAGCCACUGGAUAGGGAGUGGGCAGCAUUAUGCUUCUCCUGCUAAGAGUUGAUUUCAUAUGAUCCAGUGGAACCAACUUUCGGGAGAGUGCAGGAUUCUCAUUUCUGUACUAUGGUUACAUCCUUGUGGGGUGGGUCUUAAAAAUUAUCUUUGUUUUCUGCAUGAGCCAAAUGUUGCCUCCUAAGAUUUCAAGAGACCUCCUGUUUCUUGAUGCCAAAUUCACAGGGUUGCAACUUCACCCCUCCUCAGCCUGUCAUCCUCCCAUCCCUGUCACCUUCUGAAGCAAGUUGGAUUUGCAGUUUGUCCCAAAGUUGGAGGAAGGCAGAGGUGAGGUGGGACAAGCAGAACAGCAACAGGAACCCAAUGUCCUGGUUAGGACCUGGCUGCCCUGCAGAUCCAGUGUAGCAAAAGGCAGCUCCCUUCUUCUCUGCCAGACCUAGGAGAGCCACAGAUUCCGCAGCUCUGCUGUUCCUGCACUGAGCUGCUCUUCGGCUGGGUGUCCCCCUGCUCACUGAAGCAUCCUUCAGAAAGGGCAGACUCUAGACUCACCACCCAAAAUUAAGGCCAUCUGGGUGCCUCUUGGAGAUCUGGCAGGCCAUUAACACACAAUUGGUAAGUGAUCACUGGCUGCGUCACCAGGUGAGUUAGCCAGGCCUGGCAUAAUUAAAGAGGAGGCCUCUUGCCCAAAAGUAUGCACCAAAAGCCUUUGGCAGACUUUUCCUUCUUGUUUCUGAUGGGCACCAGAAAACGGAAAGGGCUAUCAUGAGACUCAAUGGGGGGGGGGGGGGCGGCAAAAUUGUUAAGAUCAUAUUGGACCCAUUGCACCUUCGUUUCUGGUGAAGGAAAGACCAGUUCAUAGGCAACAUAUUCAGUUUCUUCAUAUGUAUACAUGGAACAAUAACUCUAUUAACAUUUGAUAAAUUGCAUCCAAUAAGGAAGAACUACAGAAGGAAGGGACCAGUGUAUGCUGCUUGUCUUUUAAAGUCCAAAAUACAAAAGCCUACAUUGAACGAAAAUGAACUGUUUAGUUAACAGCUUUUAGAUAUUGUAGCAAUGUUGCCUUUUUCUGUAUAACAAUUGUAUUAAAACCAAAUUUAUAUGGA